AUGUCAAUAUCAGUUGACAAUAACAAUCUUAGUUUUGUUAACGAUUUGAAUCCUGGGAAAGAUAUGUGGAACAUGAAAGCGAGAAUUAUUCAAAAAUGGAAUCAGGGUUACAAGAUGGAUCUCAUCUUGAUUGAUGAAAAGGGUGCUAAGAUUCAAGCAGGUAUUAAAAGUCACCUAAUACAUGUUUUUGAUGGACAACUUCAACAAGAUGCUGUUGUGAUUCUGUCGAAAUUUGGUGUUGGUGAGAAUAAAGAUUUAUAUAAAGUAGUAGUGCAGCCUUAUAAAAUCAACUUUUAUAGAUGCACAGUUGUUACUCCUAUGAGAGAUUGGCAAGGUGUUGAGUAUGGUUUCAACUUCAGAGCUUAUGAAGAUAUUCUUCAAGGAGAGGCGUUAAACGCUUUGAAUGUUGAUGUUGUUGGAUCUGUGAUUUCUUGUGGAGAUCUUGAAAUCUUUGAUCGGCCUCCAAAUGAGACUAAGACGAUGAAUUUAGAUAUUGAAGACUUGGAGGGUAAGGUUUUGCGGUGUACUGUGUGGAAUGAUUAUGCUCUGCAGAUUAAGGACUUCAUUUCUAAAAUCCCACCACAUGAGCAUGUGAUGGCUGUUAUACAGCAUGGAAAGUGUAAGGAAUGGAAAGGUGAAUAUACUGUUCAAAGUGAUAAGUUUGCAACACGAAUUUUUCUGAAUGAAGAAAUUGAUGAAGUUAAUGAGCUAAGGAGGAGGCUUGUACUGAAGUUUGGACAAGGGAGUGGUUCUACUUCUCAAACAAUACUAUCGUCUCAGAGUGUUUUUCCAUUGCAUAAAGAAUUUGUAACUGAAGGUGUGAAGAAACAUGUUGAUGAGAUUAGUGAGAUAGAAAAGGAAAUGUCUUGUGUUGUGGUUGCGACAAUUAAGAUUGUGCAAGAAGAUUAUGAUGAUAUUGUUCGAUUGCCUGCCACUUCUUUGGUUUGUCCCAAAUGUCAUAGUGAAUGUACAUUGAUCACCAUAAAGUUCAAGGUGCAAGUGCGGGUGCAGGAUGAGAGUGGUAGUGUUUCUUUUGUUAUGUUUGAUAGAGAUUUUCAGAAGCUUCUUGGAUUAGUGACGAGUGACAUAAGAGAGAGGCAGGUUAAGGCCAAUGAUACUGGAUUCCCUCAUGAGAUAUUUCGAUUGGUUGAUAAGAAGGCUGCUUUUAAGAUUGAUGUUUCGGAGUUCAAUCUUAAAAAUGCCUAUCGUGUUUAUACGGUUACUCAAGAGGUAGCUGACGUUAAAGAUGUUAACCUUUCAGAAUCUUCCCAGGUGUCUGCUGAACGAACUUCAAGGGAUGUUGUCUCUGUUACGGCCGACUCUUUAGCCGUUGAAGUUGAAAAGGAUUCUGGAUCAAGUCCCAAUGGAAAGCGGAUGGCUCAAGAUGCCGAUGUUGUCAACGUUGGUGAGCUAUCCACUAAUGUGAGAAGAACCUGGAAGAAGCUGACUAAGCUUAACAAUUAG